AUGCUUGUUCACACGGCGCUCGUCGCGCUUGGCGCGACCCUCGCCGCUGCCGUGCAGCCGCUGGAGGUCGACGGACAGAACUUCAUCAACCCCAAGACCGGCAACCGUUUCCAGAUUGUUGGUGUCGCCUACCAGCCGGGGGGCUCUGCAGGCUACGACAAGGAAACCGGCCGUGACCCUCUGAGCGACCCGGAUAUCUGCAUGCGUGAUGCCGCCCUGCUGCAGGUCCUUGGCGUCAACGCCAUCCGCGUUUACAAUGUGAACCCCGACGUGAACCACGACAAGUGCGCCAGCAUUUUCAACGCCGCCGGCAUGUACAUGAUGCUCGACGUUAACUCGCCCCUGGUCGGCGACUCCCUAACGAGCUGGAAUCCCUGGGAGUCGUACUAUGCUGCCUACCUGAACCGCACCUUUGCCGUCGUUGAGGCCUUCAAGGACUACCCCAACACCCUGGCCUUCUUCUCUGGCAACGAGGUCCUCAACAACGAGGACACUGGCGCCACUGUUCCCCCCUACAUGCGCGCCGUCACUCGCGACGUCAAGAACUAUGUCAAGAAGCACGUUGAGCGUCCCAUCCCGGUCGGCUACUCCGCCGCCGAUGUCCGUUCCAUCCUGUUCGACACGUACAACUACUUCCAGUGCUCUCUCGAGGGUGACGAAGGCGAUAUGAGCAUGGGCGAUAUCUUCGCCCUCAACAGCUACAGCUGGUGCAGCACGAGCAGCUUCGAGAAGGCCGGGUACGACGAGCUGGUCUCCGGCCUCAAGGGCGCUAAUGUGCCUAUUUUCUUCUCCGAGUACGGCUGCAACACUCCUUCCCCGCGUGUCUUCACCGAGGUCGGCACCAUCUACAGCACGAAGAUGUCCGGUGUCUUCUCGGGUGGCGUCGUCUACGAGUACACCCAGGAGCCCAACAACUACGGCCUGGUCGACAUGAAGGAGGACGGCUCUGCCAAGCUCAUGAGCGACUUCGUUUCCCUCAAGGAGCAGUACAGCAAGCUUGACUUUGCCGAGAUCCAGGGCCAGAAGCCUGCCUCGACCUCCAACGCCAAGCCCCCCGUCUGCAGCUCCAAGCUCAUCACCACCGAUGGCUUCAACUCCAACUUCACCCUCCCCGUCCUGCCCCCCGGAGCCCAGGAGAUCAUCGACAACGGCGUCAAGCCCGCUCCCAAGGGCCAGCUCGUCAAGAUCACCGACUGGAAGGUCAAGUACACCGUCAAGAACCCCGACGGCUCCACCAUCACCAACCUUGCCGUCAAGCCGCUGGCCGAUGACGACAUUAACAGCCCCGGCUCCAACACCGACUCCAGCACCACCACGGAGGGCACGCAGACGUCCGAUGCUAUCACCGAUAGCACCGACACCGAAGAGCCCAGCCCCAGCACCAGCGGCAACGCUGCUGCCGGCACUGCCGCUGCCGUCCUGCCCGCUGCCGUUCUCGGCGCCUUUGCCGUCCUGGCUGCCCUCUAA